AUGAAGGAGGUGCUUGUGAGACACAAACCUGAGGUUUGUUUUAUUUUAGAGACACAUGUCCAGUUUUGCCGUCUUCAGAAUUUUUGGACCAAAUUGGGGUAUAGUCCGGUUGGGGUUGAAGAGGCUCAUGGCCAAUCGGGAGGCAUUUGGGCUCUUGCUAGAAAUGAGGUGGUGAGUCAAAUUAGCAUCCUCUCCUCGCAUGCUCAAGCCAUCACUCUUCUUAUAAAUUCUAGUCAACUUCAAUGGGCUUGCUCAGGUAUUUAUGCUAGUCCAAUCCCUAUUAAUAGACAGUUUUUGUGGGAUCAUCUUCGUGGUAUCUCGACGUCCAUGUCAAUCCCUUGGGCCUUGGUGGGGGAUUUUAAUGAUACUCUGACCUCCACUGAGCAACGCGGGGGUGUCUUCUCCCAGAUGCGAGCAACAACUUUUCGUGAUAAUAUUGAUACCUGUCACUUGAUGGAUAUAGGUGCUUCUGGGUUACAUUUUACUUGGUUCAGGAACUGUCAGGGGCAUCUGCCGGUGCACAAGCGGCUUGAUCGUGCCUUGGCGUCUCUGAAUUGGCGUGUGGUGUUCCCGAAGGGUGGGUUAGAGAAAGGGGGACAUAGUGUCUUAGAUGCCCUGAAUGAAGUAAGGGUGGAUUCCAUGGAUUUCAAUAAGAAGAUCUUUGGAAAUAUUUUUCGCAGGAAAAGACAUGUGGAGAAUUGUUUGGCUUCUACUCAGAAGAGACUAGAGACGGUAGAUUCAGUAACUCUCUUGCUACAGCUUGAUCGUUUGAAAAAAGAGCACAGCGAGAUCUUAGCCCAAGAGGAGAUGUUGUGGUACCAAAAGUCUAGAGAGAAGUGGGUUAAAUAUGGCGACCGUAAUACUGCUUUUUUUCAUGCCCAAACAGUUAUUCGGAGAAAGAGAAACAGGAUUGUGGGUCUUAAUUUACCGGAUGGCUCUUGGUGUGAGGAUGGGGAGGCUCUCCAAGCAGGUGCUAUUGAUUAUUUCCGAAGCUUAUUUGCUGAGACCGUAGUGGUUGAUACUAAUUGCUUACCUACGCCAAAUUUGCCCACUAUCCCCGAGCACUUCAUUCCUGCUCUUGAGAGAGAGGUCACUAAAGAAGAGGUGUUCCUAGCCCUUCAGCAUAUGGGUUCCUUCAAAGCUCCAGGGCCUGAUGGGUUUCAUGCUUAUUUCUUCAAAACCUACUGGGAUGUAGUGGGUGAUAAGGUAUUUUCCUGUAUUAAAGCUGCUUUUGAGACCCAACAAUUUGAUCCUGUUUUGUGUGAGACCCUCAUUGUUUUGAUCUCGAAAGUGGAUUGCCCCCAGACGUAUAAGGAUUUUAGGCCCAUCAGUUUGUGUAAUGUUAUUUACAAACUGAUAACAAAAAUUUUGGUGAAUAGGAUUCGGCCUUUGUUGAAUGAUAUCAUUAGCCCAAUGCAGAGCAGCUUUAUCCCAGGGCGGAGCACUAGUGAUAAUGCCAUUGCUUUGCAAGAGAUUGUGUACCAUCAGAGGAAAGCCAAGCGGAAAGGCGGAAAUUUAGUCUUUAAAUUAGACCUUGAGAAGGCUUAUGACAGGGUUGAUUGGGGUUUCUUGAAGGAGACUUUAAUGGCUUUUGGUUUUCCACCCUCUUGUAUUCGCUUGAUUAUGUUCUGUGUGACUGCUUCUCAGCUUUCCAUCAUGUGGAAUGGAGAGAGAUUACCACCUUUUGCUGCGAAAAGAGGGUUAAGGCAAGGUGAUCCUCUUUCUCCAUAUUUGUUUGUGUUGUGUAUGGAGAGGUUCAGUUCAGCUAUUUCGACAGCUGUCCUGGACGGGAGGUGGGAGCCUAUUUGCACGGUUCGUAAUGGCCCUGGUUUGUCCCAUCUUUUCUUUGCUGAUGAUGUGCUUCUUUUUAUCAAAGAUAAGGAUAGCCAGGUGAGAGUUUUAAAGGAUUUGUUAGACAGGUUCUGUGGAGCUUCUGGGUUGAAGGUUAAUGAAGCAAAGUCAAAAAUUCUAGCUUAUAAUGGUAUUACUAAUUUGAAGAAGGCUAGCAUUUCUAAUGUUGUGGGUAUCCACUUCACUUUAGAUAUUGGCAAGUACUUGGGAUUCCCCAUUUUCCAAAGAAGAGUGACAAAGCAUGAUUUUAAUUUUCUUUUCGACCGUAUUAACUCUCGCUUGGCGGAUUGGAAAUGUAAGCUUUUAAACCGGGCUGGUCGUCUCACUUUGGCACAAUCUGUUCUGUCUGCCAUGCCAGCUUAUUGCAUGAGCCAGGUUUGGCUCCCACAAGGAGUAUGUGACAAGUUGGACUCAGUUACAAAAAAUUUUGUUUGGAAAAACAGGGAUGGUAGAGGAUUACACUUGGUUGGUUGGGAUCGAGUGGCUAUUCCGAAGAACGAAGGGGGGCUUGGUUUGAGAAAGGCUAGAGAUCAUAAUGUGGCGAUGUUGGGAAAGCAUGUGUGGGAGAUUAUAUCUGAGACUGAUAAACCUUGGGUCCAUCUUCUUAAACAUAAUUAUUAUCCUGAGGUCUCUUUUCUGCAAGCAAAUGAGAAGAAAGGGUCUCCAGUUUGGAAUGCGCUUCAGCAGGCUUGUGCUGUGCUCAAACCUGGGUUUGAAUUUAAAAUAGGGAACGGGUCCCCCACUAGUUGGUGCUGGAUUUGGAAGCUUAAGGCUCCUCUGAAGUGUGUCAUGAUGAUUUGGCUAGCUAAUCACAACGCUCUCCCCACAAACGAGUGUCGUUUCAGAAGAGGAAUGGCUCCGACGGCAGCGUGUGCCUUCUGCAAUAGUGAGGAUGAAACAGUCCUGCAUUGCCUGCGAGACUGCACCCUAGCGAACCAUAUAUGGCAGCGUAUGGGGUUUGAUACCACUAGUGCUUUGUUUCAGCUCCAAGAUCACCAUCAUUGGUUGCGUGCGCUGCUGCAUGGGGCAAAUCGAGUGGAGAUUUGCACAAUUUGGUGGAUUUGGCGUGCGAGGAAUGCGUUUUGCUUCGAGACUACCCGGCCAAACCUACACUGCAUUGCUGCAAAUAUUUCUGCCAUGGCUAAUGAUUUGGGGUGGUGUUAUGGCGAGGUCAGUGGGUCUCCGACGGUUCCAAGGCUUGUCCGUUGGCUUCCGCGUGAUGCAACUAGCUUCAUGAUUAAUGUUGAUGGAAGUGUGAGAGAUGAUCCAAGACGUGGUGGGUUUGGGGGUUGUUUCCGCAGCAGCUUGGGACAGUGGCAGGGUGGCUUCUAUGGCUACUUGGAUGAUACUAACAUCCUACACCUUGAGCUUCUGGCUAUCUACCAUGGGUUGCGUUUGGCUUGGGAUAGGGGGGCUCGAAGGGUGGAGUGCCAGUCUGAUUCGUUGGAUGCUGUUACUCUUGUUGCAUCAGAUCCGGGUUCAACUCAUGUGUAUGCGUCUCUUGUGUGGGAUAUCAAGGAUUUAUUGGGGCGAGAUUGGCGAGUGGAGCUCUACCACACCCUAAGGGAGGGUAAUGCGUGCGCGGAUUUCUUGGCUAAAUUUGGAGCAAGUCAGAAUACCAACUUGGUGACUAUUGAUCAACCUCUUGAGGGGAUGAGUUUUCUGUUGUUGGCUGAUGCCAUGGGAGUUGCCUCAGUGAGGCCUUAG